GACGUCACGCGGCACAACUGCACCCUCGAGAGAGACGCCGCGCCGGCUGAGUGCGAUCCCCCACUCCGUUUUUCUGUAAGUUUGCUAUCGGUCACAUUUUAUCAUGAAAAACUAACAAAACACACCCACAUUCUACCCUAAAACUGAGAUGUGUUCUUAUAGAUUUUAUCAUGCUUUCUGUAAAGUCACUGCAAGAAUACGAUACACAAUUGUUUAUAUCAAUUCAAAAGAGGUGUCGACCGCUCCUGCAUGGCAAUAUUGUGCCAUACGCUUACUUUUAGGGAUAACUUUAUUCUGGCGCACAUUCCAAUGAGUCUGAUCCAGCUUCCAGUAGGCGUGGUUUUCCCAGGCUUUAACACAGCAGCUGCUAUUUACCUUCUCUCUAAUGUAAACCACCACCGCCACCCCAAGUCCAGCAGCCAAACCUCAACCACAGCAGCAAUAAAACAUCCUGGCACGUGCUCUGCAUUCACAAUGGCCAGUGCGCGCCGACAGAUGUCAAAUUGUCAGGCUUGUGCAGCCCAGUAGUUUCUGUAGACGCACUUACAGCAUAAGUAUUUGGAAUAUAACAAUGAAACUUUUUCUCUUUAUUUGCAUUUAUGACUUUUUAUAUACAGCUCCAUUCUCAAUUUUCUCUAGUGUUUCUCAUGUUACGUUCUUACUAUAGAUAUACAACCGGAAGCAACUGAAGAUACUAUGCACCAUCAGUUGUUAUAUGAGAAGUAAUAAUAAUAUGGUAAUUACUAACUCAUUGGGUUGUUGCACGUAUAUAAUAAGCAAAUUAAACCUAUAAUAUAUAUUUACACAUUAAACUAUUACUUGAGCUUGCUUAUGCUUGAUUUGGUGUGUUUUGUGAUAUUAUAAAUAGUACUAACAAACUGGAAAGGCAAAAAAAAAAAAAAAACAAUUACUCACACAAUUAAAAUUUAACUGCAUGCCAGCUUUACAUUCUAACACUCGACAGAAGCGGCGAAGCGUUAAUAUGUAAAAACGGAUGAUUGAUGGCAGGGCCCGGUUGCGCCCCCUUGUCUCGGCCGCGCGCCAUUGGCCGCCCGCUCGAGCGCCAAACGUCCAAUGGAAGGGCGCCGACCACGAGCCGUCCUCCCUUCGGGCCGCGUGCCGCCAGAGCUGAUUGGUGGAAAGUUACUGUGGGAAAGAAAGUUUGGGAAGUUUCACACGAGCCGCUCGCGUGCGGUCGCAGGUAUAAAUAGGAGCCGCUGGGAGUGCGGCUGGACUUGUAACGUUGAUAGACGCCGUGUAAUAAGGGAGAGGCCACUUGCGUCACUCUGCCACAGAACCUCCGGGACGCUCCCCUGCCCAUUCAUAAAGGUGUACAGCUGUGUGCGUUGCUCUGUUUUGGAUUUUCUUCGUGGCUGGGAUUUUGUGUACAGAGGGACAUCGGCGACACGCACGGCAUUUACCGUUUCAACCGAGGUACGCUGACUGUCUUGUGGCAUCCAGGAACCGGAUUCACGAUCUAUAGUUAAGCCUUGUAGCACGUUUCAAGCAGACGAUGCCUGCAGAUAUUAUGGAGAAAACGUCCUCCUCUCCGGUAGCUGCCACCCCGGCAAGCAUGAACACGACACCUGACAAACCCAAGACCGCCUCCGAGCACAGAAAGUCAUCUAAACCAAUUAUGGAAAAACGAAGGCGCGCAAGAAUCAAUGAAAGUCUUGGCCAGUUGAAAACUCUAAUUUUGGAUGCGCUUAAGAAAGAUAGCUCUCGACAUUCAAAGCUUGAGAAGGCGGACAUCCUGGAAAUGACAGUGAAACAUCUGCGAAACUUGCAGAGAGUGCAGAUGACCGCCUUAAACACAGAUCCCACCGUACUGGGAAAGUACAGAGCUGGAUUCAGCGAGUGUAUGAAUGAAGUGACACGUUUCCUGUCCACCUGCGAAGGGGUCAACACCGAAGUCAGGACGCGGCUCCUCGGACAUCUAGCCAGCUGCAUGACCCAGAUCAACGCCAUCAAUUACCCUACGCAGCAGCAGAUCCCCGCUGGCCCACCGCACCCAGCCUUUGGUCAGCCCAUGGUGCAGAUCCCCAGUGCAUCGUGUAAAGGGAGCUCAGGCUUGGCACCAGAAGCCACCAAAGUCUACGGUGGUUUCCAGCUCGUACCGGCGACGGACGGACAGUUUGCCUUCCUGAUCCCUAACGCAGCAUUUACGCCAAACGGACCCGUUAUUCCAGUGUACGCUAACAGCUCCAGCACGCCGGUUCCGGCUGCGGUCUCCCCCGGCGCACCUUCAGUGACCGCGGACUCGGUGUGGAGACCCUGGUAGAAGCCAACUUUAGAGACUCAAAAGCGACACUUGCAUCUUUUUAAAUGUUUUGAGACUGGCAGUUUAUAUCAGUGUGUUCAAGCAAAGAUUAUGCACUAUAUUUGUAAAUAACGUUUGAGGGGAAAUUCAUAUUGAAAAAAUAAAAUCCGUAUUGUACAGUCAGUGAACUGCAUUUUUAUAUUCCAGCUGUCUUUUCUACUAUGCGAUGCCAAAGAUUUUAAAUGCCCUAAUUUCUUCCUUUGGAAGAUUAAUAAAUUCGUAAUGAAACUGGA